GCCGGGCAGCCAGCCAUCCUCCGCUCCCUCCCCCCCCCCUCUCUCUGUCUCUUUCGCAUCUCCAACCAUGUCCGUCUCUCUCUUCAUCUCCUCCAGCAAGGAGGCGAUGACUCAGAUCGGUGAGCAUCGCUUCGACCUGUCCAUGACCAUUGGUCGUCUCAAGGAGCGCCUCGAGCUGGUUGUUGGCUCGAAGCCCAGCGACAUGGCCCUGUACCUGGUGCCGGAGCGCAAGCCCGGCCAGGCGGCCGACUCCAAGACCACCGACUCGGUCCUGCUCGGCGACGACACCCGGCCGCUGGGCUACUACUCGCCGGCGGAUUGGAUGAUUCUCCAUGUUGUUGACACCAACCCCGACAGCCUCUAUGGCGAGUUCACCAUCCCCUCACUCCACCGGAACUACGAGUAUGUCACCCUCUCCGAGGAGGAGUACGACCGGCUGACCGGGUCGGUGCGUGCCUACAUGAAGCGCAUGAAGCUCGGCAAGUACAGCGACGAGGCCCGACAGCAGCAGGAGGCACAGCAGGUCCUGGAAGGCCAGCGGACCGAGCUGGCCCGAGGCAUCACCGUCGGUGCCCGCUGCGAGGUCACCACGCAGGAGUCCGCCAAGCAGCGCGGCGAGGUGGCCUUCGUUGGCGAGGUGGCCUUCGCCCCCGGGACCUGGGUCGGCGUCAAGCUGGACCUGCCCUUCGGCAAGAAUGACGGAAGCGUCGACGGCCAGCGCUACUUCACCUGCCUGCCGAAGUACGGCAUGUUUGUCCGCCCGGAUCGUCUGGAGGUCGGGGACUUCGAGCCGGCCUUCGAUCUGGACGCCGCGCUGGAGGGGCUCACCUCCGACAGCGAGGACUCCGGCAUCGAGGAGCUGUGAAGAUCGGGCCCGCGCUCGUCUAUGUCGCGCCCCUCGCACGUGAUAAUGGAGCACCGUUCUCGUUGUCC